UUAAUCCUCACAGUGUGCAGAUAUUACAGUUGCACAAUGGCAGACGUGCUUGAAUUUUGUGUGAAAUGGAGUGGCAAAGAAUAUAUGAUUACUGCAUUGACAGCGCAACAAACAGUCUCAGAUAUGAAGAUAAUUAUACACAAGGAAACAGGGGUACUUCCAGAACGUCAAAAACUCCUCGGGUUGAAGUUUAAAGGGAAAGUAGCUGAUGACUCAGUUGUCCUUGGCGAUCUUAAACUUAAACCAGGAACCAAAAUCAUGAUGAUGGGUACUCGAGAAGAGGAAAUAACUAAGAUUGUUGAGCCUCCACCAGACUUACCCGAGGUUGUAAAUGAUUUUGAUAUUGAAGAAGAUGAAAUUGCUAUAGAAAAUAGAGAGGAAUUCUUACAGAAGAUAGAAAAAAGAGUUAAAGACUAUAAAAUAGACAUUAUUACUGAACCAAGAGAUGGAAAGAAACUUCUUGUUCUUGAUAUAGACUACACAUUAUUUGAUCACAGAUCUGUGGCAGAGACUGCUAACGAGUUAAUACGACCAUUCCUGCAUGAGUUUCUCACAUCGGCAUAUGACGACUACGAUAUUGUUAUUUGGUCUGCCACAGGUAUGAAAUGGAUUGAAGUAAAGAUGAAAGAGCUAGGGGUGACUUCACAUACAGAAUAUAAAAUCUGUUUCAUGAUUGACAGUGGGGCCAUGAUCAGUGUUCAUUCACCAAAAUAUGGAGUUAUUGAU